GACUUGAUUGGUAUUUAAAGAAAAAGAAUGAUGAAAAUUGGUAAACAGAGAUACUGAAUCAUAUCCUUAAUUUUCACUAGCUUCCAAAAAACAAUGGCACUCAUUAGCUUCAAAAAAGUAUUUUCCCCCAUUUCUCUACUCGUGUUGGCCCUGUUACAUUUGUCCUUUAUUUCUGAUUCUGUUUGUGCAGAUAAAGAAAUCGAGACAAAUGCUCUUCUCAUUUGGAAAGCCAGUCUUCAAAAUAAAAACCAGUCACUCCUGCCUUCAUGGACUCUCCUUCCUAAUAAUAAUGCAACCAAUUCUUCCAACAAUCAAAAUGCAAGCUCAAAUCCACGCAGUUGGUUCGGUGUUUCUUGCAACCAUGCAGGAAGUAUUAUUAGAUUAAACCUGACUAACUCAGGCUUGAAAGGUACUCUCCAUGAAUUUUCAUUCUUGUCACUCCCUAACCUUUCAUUUGUUGACCUUGGGAUGAAUGAACUCUUUAAUACAGUUCCUAUUGAUAUUAGUUACCUGUCUAAAUUCAUAUAUCUUGAUCUAUAUAUCCUUUAAUAACUUAUCGAGGAAAAUCCCACCUCAGAUUGGCCUACUGAUCAACCUUGAGGCUUGCACCUCGCUAAAAAUCAGUUAAGUGGCUCAAUUCCUCUAGAAAUAGGUCAUUUAAAGUCUCUUAAUGACCUUUCUUUGUAUGCCAACAAUUUCCAUGGAUGCAUUCCUGCUUCAUUAGGUAAUUUGAGCUAUCUGAUUGACUUUUCUCUCAAUAGUAAUUUCUUUUCAUGUUCCAUUCCUAUAUCUUUAGGUAAUUUAGGCAACUUGGCUUAUAUGUACCUCUAUGAUAAUCAACUUUCUAGUUCCAUUCCUCCAUAAAUUGGAAACAUUACCAAUUUAGUUGAACUUGACAUAAGUAACAACAGUUUCAAAGGUCCCAUCCCUUACAGUAUUGCAAAAUUUGAAAAGCUAACAUUGUUGCAUAUGAACCAAAAUCAGCUCUCUGGCUCCAUCCCUCUAAAAAUUGGAAAUCUAAAGUCUCUCAUAUUCUUAAGCCUUGAAACAAAUCAUCUUUCUGGCUUAAUUCCCACAUCUUUAGGUUCUCUUAGAAACUUAAAUGUUUAACACCUGUACAACAAUCAACUUUCUGGUACCAUUCCUGAAGAAUUAGGAAACUUGACGUCCAUAAUUGAUCUUGAACUGAGUAGACAUCAGUUGAAUGGUAAUAUUCCAAUUUCCUUUGGUAGGUUGAGUGGCUUAAAAGCUUCAUUCCUCCGUGAUAACCAACUUUCUGGUCCCAUUCCACCAGGGAUCGGAAACUUAAUGGAGUUGACUGCUCUGCUGCUGGAUGCCAACCACUUCACUAGCUUUUUGCCUCAAAACUUAUGCCAUUGUGGGUCUCUCCAAUUACUAAGGGCAGACAGCAACGAUCUCAUAGGUCCAAUACCAAAAACCUUGAGAAACUGUAGAAACUUAAUUAGAGUCCACCUUGAAAGAAACCAAAUCUUUGGAAAUAUACCUGAAGAUUUUGGUGUCUACAAAAAUCUACAGUACAUGGACCUGAGUUACAAUAGAUUUUAUGGUGAAAUCUCACACAACUGGGGCAAGUGCACACAACUAACCACUCUAAAGAUUGUUGGGAACAAUAUUUUUGGUCGCAUACCACUUGAAAAGACUUAGUCCAACUCCAAUUACUUGAUCUUUCUUCUAACCACUUGGUUGGGGAGGUUCCAAAGGAAUUUAGAAAGUUGACUUAUUUGUCGAAGCUAAUGUUGAAUGGCAAUAAACUUUAUGCUGGUUUACCCUUGGAGCUUGGGUCAUUAAUAAAUCUUGAGUAUCUAGAUCUAUCCACUAAUAAGUUUGGUAAGGAAAUCCCGAGAAACAUAGGGAACCUUUUGAAACUAUAUUACUUGAAUACGAGCAACAACAAGUUUAUCCUAAAUAUUCCAGUCCAAAUGUGUGAAUUAGCUCAUCUGUCCCAGCUAGAUUUGAGCCUUAACUCACUCGAAGGAGAGAUACCUUCACAAAUCAGCAAUAUGCAGAGCUUGGAGUUGUUGAAUGUAUCCCACAAUAACUUCUCAGGUUUCAUUCCAACUACUUUUGAAAAGAUGCAUGACUUGUCGUCUGUUGAUAUAUCCUACAAUGAGUUGGAGGGUCCUCUUCCCAAUAGCCAAGCAUUUCAUGAUGCUCACAUUGAAGCAUUACAAGGUAAUAAAGGAUUGUGUGGAAACGUUACGGGAUUGCAACCCUGUAAGGCAGGACAUAUCUCAAAGAAGGGAAAUAAAUCAUUUUCCCUCUCUUGGGUACACUUUCACUUGUAUUGGUAUUCCUGGGAAUAUUCUUCAUUUUAAAAGUAAAAGGGCAAAAUCCACAAGAAAAUCAAAACACAUGCGAGGACAAGGAAGAAGUGUUUACAAUAUCAACUUUUGAUGGAAGAACAAUGUACUAGGAAAUAUUUGAUGCAACCUAUGGUUUUGAUGCUAAGUUUUGCAUUGGGGAAGCAGGAGAUGGAACUGUCUAUAAAGCCCAGCUAAUAUUUGGAGACACAUUUGUAGUUAAGUGUUGGGCUUUGUGGAGCCUAGUUUUUUGUUUGAUCCGAUUUGACGACCCGACCGGAAUAAUAUUGCGUGGUUUUUAAUGGGAGAUUUACUAAGGCUUAGUUCAUGAAGCAGAUGUAUAUGUAAAUUGACUUUGCCGUGAUUAGGGUUUUUUUAAGAAUGUAGGUUGUUGUUGCCGCAUUCUUGAGGGUGAGAGAAAAAGAUUGUAGCCGCAAUUUUGUACUCUGUAUUCUUCCCUGAAAAUAGUGAAAUCCCAACAACUCCGUGGACGUAGGCAAAUUGCCGAACCACGUAAAUAUUGUCUUGUACAUGUGAUUGUUUUUCUUUGGCCUGUGUUUUUCUCUAUUUUUUGUUUCUCACAGGUUGGGAAUUCGGCGUACUUCCUUACAUUAAGAAACUCACAUCCUUUUGUGAUGGUAAUAUUUCACAACAAAAAGAGUUCUUAAAUGAGAUAAACGCAUUAACAGAAAUCUGACAUCGAAAUAUUGUGAAAUUGAAUGGCUUUUAUUCACAUUCACGUUUCUCAAUUUUCAUUUACACUACCUUGAAAAGGGUAACUUGGCCUCAAUUUUGAGCAAUGAUGGAGGAGCUAAAGAAUUGGACUGGAAUAAGAGGGUGAAUAUCAUCAAAGGUGCGGCACAUGCUUUGUCUUACAUGCACCAUGAUUGUUCACCACCAAUUGUUCAUUGGGACAUAUCAAGCAAAAAUGUUUUGCUGGAUUCAGAGUACGAGGCUCAUGUUUCAGACUUUGGCACAGCUAAGAUUCUUAAUCAAAACUCAUCCAAUUGGACUUCACUUGCUGGCACAUAUGGAUAUUUUGCACCAGAGCUUGCUUAUACAAUGAAGAUAACUGAGAAAUGCGACAUGUUUAGCUUUGGAGUUUUGGCUAUUGAAGUGAUCAAAGGUAAGCAUCCUGGUGAAAUCAUCUCCAUUCUAUCUGCUUCAACCGUGGAGGAUAAUUUCUUGUUGAAUGAUUUGUUAGACAUACGCCUUGAGGUUGAGAAUCAACUAAUACUCAUCAGAAAGUUGGCAAUUGCAUGUUUGCACGCUGAUCCAAAAUCUAGACCAACUAUGCAUAUGGUCUCUCAGAUUUUAUCAAGCUGAAGUGCACUUUCCAAGACCCAUCAUAGUUUGAGUAGGAAAAGCAAGGAUAUGAAAUAAGACACAAUAUUCUGUUAAAUUUAUGUUGUUUAAGGAAAUUUUUUGUUUAAGAUUAUGUAA